UUACUAAGGUUGUAAUGAUUAUAAAAGGUUUGUUCAGGAGAUAUGAAAGAUGGAAUCCUGUACAUCCAGCGUUUGGAGCCUUCUGGGGCAUGGGAAUAGGUAUUGGUUGUGGUGUUGGAUGGGGCCCUGGUUUUGGUCCUGAGGUAAUUGGUUAUGUUGGAGCUGGCUGUGGUGUUGGAUUUAAUGUGGGCAUCACUCUGGCGGGUUUUGGCAUUGGUCUACCUGCAAAUUCCCUCUUUGAAGCUCCAUACAAUGCUCUCAUGGCUACAAGACAUGGUGCAUUGGUUUUAGCUCGUUUUAGUGGCCUUCUCUCUGCAAAAGAUGUUGCAGGAGAUGGCUGGAGUAUUCUUUCACCCUGCAUCCCUGGUCUACAAAAAGAAGCCUGUAGAACGUUCUUGAACUUCAAGCAAAAACAUUUCUCAGACAAAGAGGUCGACUCAUAUAACUGGAAGAGCAAGAAGCCAGUCCCAAAAGGCCCAUUUCGGAAAGUUUAAAGAAUGUUUGGUCGUCACUUCUUCCACCAUCGCAGAGGUUUUAAAGAUGAUUAAUGCAUUGCAGAACUCUGAGUCGUGUAGGCUCUCCAUCUGCCUUCAUUUUGAUUUAGUCCAUCUUGAGUCUAUGCUAAUACAUGACUGACAGGUACUUUUCUUUAGGUCAGUAGAUUCUUUUUUCCAGAAGUAGAAAAGAAAGAAAAGCAAUGGCUCAUUAUCAUUCCUAAGUUACUAUUGUCAUGCUUAGAUGUUCCUCUGACAACAUAAGACGUUCAAAAUUGUUGGUAGUUCCCUUAAUUUUUAGAAGAAUAUGGGAAACGAGACAUAAAAAAGGAAGAAGAAAUUUUCCCAAGCUUUUCGACUUUUGAAUCUUGCAAAGCAGGUUUUGUGGGACAGCCAGCAUCCAUGGUUCACUUUGAAGAGACUCAACUAGAAAAUAUGCUAACUGGAUUUGUGAGUUAGGGAUUUAAAGCCACUGCUAGAAGGAAUAGAUUGUUCGAGUGUAUCUUGAUGAUUUGAGACUUUGGUUGCAGAUGAACUUUCUGCUGCGUUUCAUGAUCUAAAUCAGAUUUGGUUGAGAGAUACAAUCAUUUUUAGGCUUUUGUAAUUGUUUAGACAAGUAACUUUUUUCGAAUUAUUUCGGAGGAAUAUGAUACAUCCUCCUUAAAAGGAUAAGAAUAUGCAUGGCACUAACUUUCUAUUCUUUGUGGAGGACAAAAGGAAAAUAUACACGCACUACUUUGAUUGUUAUACAGUGAUCACAAGCUGAACUAUAAGAGCA